AAAAUAGGAUUAGAAAGGUUUAAAAUACUUCUUCAACAUCAAUAUUAUCAAUAUAAAAUUAGUAGAGCGCAUGCCUACAUGCUGAUUAUAAUUCGGAUAGUUGCAAACACAAACUUGACACAAACUGACAUUUUUCAUACUAAAUCGACUCGCGCAACUAACCAAUAUUUUUAGUACUGAAAUCAGUAUAAUGGCAAACGGGUCUUAAAUAAUCAUUGAACUAUUGAACACUCGCUUAGUUUGUUAGCCAUGGAAUUUAAAGUCGAAAUCAAGGGAGAGUUUUUUGAAAAUAAUGAAAGAAGCAUAGGGAGUCCCUUAUUCACAUCAACAGGUAUUGGAGGUUUGAAGAAUGAACCAGAAGCAAUGGAAUUGAAAGCUGAAAUUAAGAAAGAAUUGGUUGAAGAUGAACAAGGAUAUAUAGAGAGUCAACUAACUAGUUCUGUAGAUCUUGGAGACUUGAAGAAUGAAAUAGAUGAAGAUAGCUCAGGAUUUUCUAAGGAGAAUGGAAUGGAAAUCAUGAACACAUUACCUGAAAUUUCAUGCAAAGAAGUACAACAAAUAAGUCCAAGCUCAGGAGAAAAAAAGCAAUUGUCUCAAAAAGAUUGUUUGGAAUGUGACACAUACAAUUGUGAAAUUUGUUUUAAGCAGUUUAAACAUAAAAGUCGUUUGAAAUCACAUUUGAGACUGCAUUCUGUGGAAACGCCUUACAAGUGCGAAAUUUGUUUUAAGCAGUUUAAUCAAAAAAGUCAUUUGAAAACACAUUUGAGACUGCAUUCUGGCGAAACGCCUUACAAGUGCGAAAUUUGUUUUAAGCAGUUCAGACAUAAAAUUUCUUUGGAUGCCCAUACGACAGUUCACACUGGAGAAACGCCUUACAAGUGUGAAAUUUGUUUUAAGCAGUUUAACCAAAAAAAUAAUUUGAAAACACAUUUGAGAGUGCAUUCUGGGGAAACGCCUUACAAUUGCGAAAUUUGUUUUAAGCAGUUUAACCAAAAAAGUAAUUUGAAAACACAUUUGAGACUGCAUUCUGGCGAAACGCCUUACAAGUGCGAAAUUUGUUUUAAGCAGUUCAGACAUAAAAUUGCUUUGGAUGCCCAUACGACAGUUCACACUGCAGAAAUGCCUUACAAGUGUGACAUUUGUUUUAAGCAGUUUAACCAAAAAAUUAAUUUGAAAACACAUUUGAGACUGCAUUCUGGGGAAACGCCUUACAAUUGCGAAAUUUGUUUUAAGCAGUUCAGACAUAAAAUUUCUUUGGAUGCCCAUACGACAGUUCACACUGCUGAAAUGCCUUACAAGUGUGACAUUUGUUUUAAGCAGUUUAAUCAAAAAAGUCAUUUGAAAACACAUUUGAGACUGCAUUCUGGCGAAACGCCUUACAAGUGCGAAAUUUGUGUUAAGCAGUUCAGACAUAAAAUGUCUUUGGAUGCCCAUACGACAGUUCACACUGGAGAAAUGCCUUACAAGUGUGAAAUUUGUUUUAAGCAGUUUAACCAAAAAAGUAAUUUGAAAAGACAUUUGAGGCUGCACUCUGGAGAAACGCCUUACAAGUGCGAAAUUUGUUUUACGCAGUUUAACCAAAAAAGUAAUUUGAAAACACAUUUGAGACUGCAUUCUGGCGAAACGCCUUACAAGUGCGAAAUUUGUUUUAAGCAGUUCAGACAUAAAAUUUCUUUGGAUGCCCAUACGACAGUUCACACUGGAGAAAUGCCUUACAAGUGUGAAAUUUGUUUUAAGCAGUUUAACCAAAAAAUUAAUUUGAAAAUACAUUUGAGACUGCAUUCUGGGGAAACGCCUUACAAUUGCGAAAUUUGUUUUAAGCAGUUUAACCAAAAAAGUAAUUUGAAAAGACAUUUGACGCUGCACUCUGGAGAAACGCCUUACAAGUGCGAAAUUUGUUUUAAGCAGUUUUCUCGAAAUGAUGUUUUAAAAACUCAUUUGAGAGUGCACACUGGAGAAAAACCUUAACAGUGUGAGAAUUGUUUUAAACAGUUUAUCCAAGCAAGUCAUUUCAAAGCACAUUUGAGAGUGCACACUAGAGUUGUUCUGAAGCUAUUUCCUUGUGGCAUUUUUAUGAUUAAUUAUUUAUAUGGGAAAUAAGCCACAAUUAAAAUAAAAAAAAAAUAAUUUUAUUAAAUGCACACUAGAGAACAAUAUAAGUUUGAAAUGAUAGCUUAUCAAAGCAACAGUUGCCUAACCCCAAAAACGAAGUUUUGAGAUAGAUUCAAUCUUUGCAUUCGUAUUUCCAGUAAGUAUAUUUGUUAAGGGAGCAAGAAAUUAUGUAGCGCCAUCUAGCCAAAUAUAGAGGUAGGUUGUGUCGGCCCCUGUUUAUCCGAGGAUCUAGUGUUGAUAUAUUAAUCUCUUCUUCUUCAAUUGCCAUCUCCGCGACGGAGGUCGGCAAUCAUCAUAACUAUUCGGACUUUAGAGACGGCUGCUCUGAAAAUUUUAUUUGAUGUACAUCCGUACCAUUCCCUCAGGUUGCGCAGCCACGAUAUUCUGCGUCUCCCUAUGCUUCUUUUUCCUUGAAUCUUUUCCUGCAUAAGUCUAGAAAACGUAGUACCUAUUGUCCGUCCCACCUUGACUUUACAGUACAGGUUCUUAUGACCAACAGCGAUGCCAAGUUUUAUCAGAAACAGGUUUGAAGGAAAUAUACUUUUUUCUAUAGGAUAACUAUAAAUAACUUAGGAAUUAAUAUUAUUGACAUUUUGUGGCUGUCAGGGGUUCUAAAACAUUUUUGUUUUGGAAAAAUGAUUUUAUGUGAAUAAAAUAAAAAUAAUUUUGUAUAAAACAUUUAUAUAAUAAUGUAUUUAAGCGCAUAAAUAUGUUAAACCUUAAUAAAUACGUAGGUACCUACAUAAAUAAUUAAAAUGUAUUUAAACUAUGUAUUUUAGACUUCAAAAGAGCCAAAUAAAUUAUUUACAUGAGAGCCAAAAUACAUGAAAAUGGUCAUGAAGAAGGGGAGAUAAAGGCAAGAAUAGCGGAAGGGGAGAUAAAGGAAAUAAAAAAUAUGGAGAAUUACGCACAUUAUUGAAAUCCAAAUACGUAUCAAGAAAAACAAAAAUAAGAAUUUAUAAGACUGUUAUCAGACCUACAGUAACAUACUCAUGCGAAACAUGGGUGCUCAAAAAGUCAGAAACAGACCUUAUAGAAAGAUGGGAGAGAAAAAUGCAAAGAGCAAUAUAUGGAGGUGUGAAAAUAGAAGGUCAGUGGGGAAAAAGAACCAAUAAAGAAUUGGAAGAACUAUAUCAAGAGCCAGCGAUCACGACGACGAUCAAAGCACAGAGAAUACGAUAUUUGGGGCACAUCGAGAGAAUGGGAAGUAAACGAAUGCCAAAAAUGGUACUCUCACGAAGACCAAUACAAAAGAGGAGGAAAGGCAGGCCAAUGAAAAGAUGGAAGGACAGUGUGUACGAAGACUUGAAGAAAAGUAACUUUGAGAGAUGGAAAGAACUAGCAUUGGACAGAAGGAGAUGGAGGGAGGUGGUGAAGGACUGUAUAAAAAGACUGAAGUAUAAUUAAAUAAAAAUUAUAAGUGAUGUAAGUUAUAUUAAGUUAUUUAUUAUUUAUGUAAUCAGAAAUGUAAACAUUUUAGCCCUAGGCCUACAAUGCCUGUUGCGCUUAAUAAAUAAAUAAAUUUUAGACUUCUUCUAUACUCCCAUCUUCCUCACUUUCACUGCCACUGUCGUCAUUAAGGUUUAUUAUAACUGGAUCUAAAUUGUCCAGUAAAUUAUCGAUAUUCCACAUCCGUUUUUCUACGCUAAUUACGUGUUGCACGUAAUUAUUCCAUUUUUGUGGAGUAACUUGAGAGUACGCUUCAUGUAUUAGAUUUUCUACUUCUUCCUUCUUAAAAUUUGUAUUGUGUCUUGCCAAAACCCUUUUUAUUUCACUCCAUACCAGCUCUAUCGGAUUUAGUUCACAUUGAUAUGGAGGUAAUCUUAGCAACUUAACAUUCUUACUUUUUGCAAUUUUAUCUACGAUACGCUCAUCAUACUGCGAUUUAAAAUGAGCUACAUCGUCCAACAGUUCGGAUUUUAGGUAAUCUUCUUCGAAGUAAAUAUCCUUUGAACGCAACCACUCCUUUAUUUUUUCCUUAUUUUCAGAAUUGUUUGGAAUUUUUUCCAACUUCCUGGAGUGAUACGGCGCAUUGUCCAUUACUAUUACCGUUGACUGAUAAAUAUACUGGUAUAUAUCCGUAUUUAUCAAUCAACGCUAUUACAGUUUUAUCGGGAAUAUUUGGAAGAAGCUUGGUUUUAAACCAAUUUUCGAAAAGAGGUCAUUUCGUCAUGAUAGUCUGCUGUAUUUUUCUUUGCUAAAAAGGUUAGUUCGGCUCCAUUAAUAAAACCAUCUUUACCUCCUGCAUGCAGUAAAACGAAACGUGGGCCACGUGCAGUAGGGGGUUUCAAGCCUGUAGUGAGACCACGAACAAAUGCAUCCCUAUGUGACGAUACGGAAGUGUCCCUCCAUUCAUAAUUGACACUGUGACCAAUAUUUACCCAUGAUUCGUCCAAAUAUACAAUGUUGUAGUUUUGUUCCCGAAAUGUACGAAUUUCUCGCAAAUAUCGAUGGCGCCAAGAAAUAAUUUCAGGUUUUUCUAUCAACAUUGACUUUCUGUCCCGUUUGGUGUACACAAACCCCAUGUCCUUAAUUAGUCUAUGCAGUGUAGUUCUAGAAAAAUUAGGCAGAUGUUCGUCUUUAUUUACUACUGCUAAUAGAGAAUUUAUUGUUGGGGGUGUAUUCUUACGAAAAAAAUCAUGCACUAUUCCACGAAUGCUACUCUUUGUGCUUUCAUCGUAAGUUUUAUCACGCGAUAAUGAAGUUAGCUUGUUCUUGGAUCGUCUCUUUGCUGGCUGUAAUCCAAGUGCCGAGGAAUUUUCUUUUCUUACAGAGUAAAUUGUUUUUUCAGAAAUGCCGGUUUCUGCUGCCACUGUUUGUAUUAUUUUUGAAAGUGAAUCAUGUCCUUGAUUUACUCGAUAAUUCACCAUGUUGAUUAAGAUUUGUUUCUCCCCUAAUGACAAUGCCUUCCCCUGAGGAUGUUUCAGAGUACGGUUCUCCAUUAAUAAAUUCAAUCGUUAUGACACAAAAACCACAAUAAUAACUAUAAUCGAUAUAAACUUCAACGAACUAACUAAAAAAUGAACUAACUAACUAACAAUUAAUGAACUUCAACGGAACAAAUGAACUAACUAAAAAAUUAACUAACUAAAAUUAAUUUCAAGUUUAGAAUUUAUACUAAAUUUUAACGAGGGUGUAAACACAUUACGAUGACAAUAAUCUGACAAUCUAUUUUAUAUUUUUCUUGACAUUAGUUCAGAACUGUCUAUACUGUCAAUAUAUAAAUUAACAACCAUAGAACAAUAUGCACUUUUAAUGUUGGAUAUUAUAACAUUUUUUACCAAAAAGUUAUUACUUACGCAUAUAUAGAUUAUAAAAUAUCUGAUUACUUUUCGAAAAUGACUCACAAAAUCAAUGAAAAAUAUUGUUUUACUACAAUACCAUUGACUGUAACGGGUUAGUUUUAAUUUAACAUUUUUAGGGCCCUACAUUUUUAGGACCCUGGUAAUGUUCGAUUGAAAAUACUUUUGAAGAAAAUCGGCAUCACCGCGCUAAUAACUCCCAUAAGGAUUGUAUUGCCGUAUGUUCGUGUACUGUAAAGUCAAGGUGGGACAGACAAUAGCUAACCUAACUCUUAGCAGAGCACUAUUCUCAUUUUGUUAAAAUUUGCUCUAGCCUUUUAUAUUCUGAUUUUGAUUUCUAGGAAGUAAUCACCUGUGAAGUUUAUCAUUGUUCAAUUAAUAUUAAUCUGAAAAUGCUCAAUGUCUGGCUUAGGCCAUUGUUGCUCUGAGGGCGUCAAACAUGUUUUAAAAAGUCUCGUCAAGUAGGCAAAAUGAAACUACAUGAGAGAUUAGAGAGUGUUUAGAUUCCUUAUUUCAGUAACGUCAAACGUUAUUUUGCUCAUGCACAUUGACAGAAAAAUAACGGAUUACUUUUUAAGCGGAUAAAGUAUUCCCGUAUUUAGGUAAAAAUAGGGUUCACGAUAUUAAGGAAUGACAUGUUUGUAAUAUUGCCAGAUGCCAUAUAUCUAUUCUAAAUCAUAAAAACGAAAAAAAAGUCAUGAGCUGAACCAAAGAAAACUAGAAAAAAAAUUUGUAAUGAUGUAUAAAAUUGUAAUCAAAAUUUAUUUUUUCUAAAAACGAUCAGUUAAUAAACAGAUAAUAUAUUCCACUUGGCAACCGUAUUAGAAUAAUUCUAAAUUACACCACUUUUUGAAAAAUCUGACCCUUGACUGAAUUUUCUUGUUAAAUUUAAAUAGGUUAUAGCACACAACUACUGUUUUAUCAAAAAUAAUUAUCUAGACAUAAUAAUAAUAGACUAGAUAAGGUGCUCUGUGCAUCUAGGUGUAAGGCCAAUAUCAAGGACGUCAUUGGCCAAUAUUCGCUUUGAAUGGUCUAGCCAUCUUUGACUGUCACAUUCGUGGGAUCGCUCGGUAAAAAUAGACGGAUAUACAAAGGUCUUAUACACAUAGAUUUGGCCAGCUCCGAAAAAUAGCGUAACGUGGAGCAGUUCGGGUCGGUGGUCUAUCUAUCUCUCUCUACCGGCGCUCAACUUUCUCUCUCUAGCAUAUGAUGGCUGCCACCUCUGUGUCACUCGUUCCAUUACUCCCACCUCUUAGUAGAUACGCUGACACUCGUACGACAGAAAAGAUAGCUAGACCACCGUACUUGAUAUUGGCGUUACACCCCGAUGCAUUGAGUAGCAUAUCCCUAGCCAAGUCUAAUCCUUUAGAUGUCUCUGCGGAUAUACCACCGAUCGACUGCCCGCGCGUUACACUAUUUUGCUCAGUAUGCCAUGUCUAUUUUUAUUAUGUCUAUGGUUAGCGUAGUGCGUAGUUUCCAUCGAGUUAGAAUCCCAUGGAUAAGCUAUGAGCAUAUUAACCUGUGUAUUAUAAACGACAUCAUAAGGUAUGUUAACGAUCAUACAAAUAUGGCGGUGGAAUCAGAGCUGGACCCAAUAGGGCUUUUCAACGCUUCUCAUUUGUUUCAAGCUUCUGUCGUAUGUCGUAUAUUAAUAUUAUACACGGAUUAUACGACAUAUAUGACGAAAGCUCGAAAUAAAUGAGAAGCGUUGAAAAGCCCUAUAAUAUUAAAACUACUAUACAAAUCAAUCACUAUCUCGACAAUACCUGGAGCAACAAAGUCUGCUUUGACUAUACAUUAUUAUUCACUUGGUGCGUAUAAUUUUGUAAGAAGAAUUUUUGGGAUUUUAACUCGAUGGUAGUUUCUGAAAGGAUUCAAAAACGAUUUUAAGUAAAAAGGUUAUCCCUUAUUUAUUACUCAAUGCUCAUGACCAUUAUAACGUUUUACGUUUAACGUACAUCAAAAAUAGUCCAUUCUUUCACGGUUUUUGCUCUAAAUUUUAAAGAACCGCUUGGAUUGACAUGAAAUUUGGCACACGUAUAGCUUACAUGUCAAAGAAAAAAAGUGAUAUUGUGCCGAUGUGUGCUUUUGCCCUGGGGGUGACUUUCACUCCCUCUUGGGGUGAAAAAAUAUAUGUCCAAAAUAAGUCCGGAAAUGGGUAAACUGACUAAUUUUAAGUAACUUUUGUUCUAUAGAGCUUUUUCGCCAAGUCAACACUUUUCGAGUUAUUUGCGAGUGAAUAUGUUCAUUUUUUAACAAAAUAACCACGUUUUUAGACGGUUUUUCGCAAAUAACUCAAAAAGUAAGUAUUUUGUCGAGAAAAACGUUCUUAGCAAAAAUAUAGCUUAUAAAAAAGUAAAAAAAUGGUGUACGCGUUAGGUCUCUGGAUCUCGUAGAACCAGGGCCUGUAUUCCGUGCACUGUAGAUAUCUACACGUCGCUUUCUAUCGAUGUCAAUUUUCGUAAAAAUAUUUGAAUUUUUAGCUUUAAUUGAAUUACUUUCUAGUUUUGCUAGUUUAUACUCUAAUUGAUGUUGAAAUGACACUUAGUAAAAUAAGAAAAUAUUUGAAUUAAAACUAAAAAUUAAAAUAUAUUGACAUCGCGCCCAUCGCUUUCUAUUAAUGUCAAUAUAUUUGAAUUUUUAGUUUUAAUUCAAAUAUUUUCUUGUUUUACUAAGUGUCACUUCAGCAUCAAUUAGAGUAUAAUCUAUCAAAACUAGAAAAUAAUUCAAUUAAAGUUAAAAAUUCAAAUAUUUUUACGAAAAUUGACAUCGAUAGAAAGCGACGUGUAGAUAUCUACAGUGCACGGAAUCCAGGCCCAGAGUUAUAGCCAGUGAAAAAUAGAUUCAUAUUCACCAAAUUUCAAAUAGAAUAUUUCGACGUGAGAUAUCCAAAAAAUUAAGCACUUUUUGGGGAAAACCCAUUAUAACUUUUUUAAAGUGUUUAAAAAAAGCUUUAUUUCUGUUUUUGCAAAAAGUUUCUAGCAUUAAAUUUAAGCAAGUUACGCUGAAAAUUUUUUGCUCAAUUAGAAAUCCAAUGAAAUCAAUUAAUUUGUGGUCAUCUGAUUGAAUACAACCAAUAAAACCAACAUUAUACUGAAAACAGAUCCCAUGGGCUGUUUUCACUCAAUCAUGUAGCUAUGGAUACCUACAUUUCGUUUCAUUUCGAUUUUGACACAAUAUUUCAAAAUGUCACGAUUUGGUUGUAAUACUGAUGAGAAUAUUAAUGAAAUUAUCGAGUCGAAUAUACCAAAGAAUACUGUUUACAAAAAUUUUUCUAUCCGAAUAACCCUCGAACAUUGAUAAAUGCUCAAAAAUUUUAUAACAACUUUCUCAAGCUUGUUGCUUACAGGCAACAGACUUUCGAAAUCUGUUAUAAAAAUUUUUCGAACAAUUAUCAAUGUCCUUGGGUUAUUACUACUGAAAAUAAAGUUGGUCCCUUUUGUUUUUGCAAAAAAGAAUCGGGAAGACCACCCCCUAAUUAGCAACUUAAAUGAAAUUAAUCGUUACCGCUCCACAAAUUAUUUUACUUAUGUUGUGUUUAUAUGACCUGUAAGUUUCAUCGAUUCAAAGUGCUUAUUUUUGAAAAAAUUUGAUUUCAAAGUAAAAUUUUUAAAAAUUUAAAUUUUGAAAAAUAAGCUUUUUUUCAAGAUAACUUAAAAAUUGUUAGAGGUACCAAAAAUCUCGAAAAACAAAAAAAGUUAGAUUUGCUUUUCUGAAUAUCAUGUAUUUUUUGUUUUUCUGUUAGACAAAAAUUGAUUAAGAUUUGGUGUUUCUAAAUUUGCAUACAUUCGUGAUCAGUGACUCGUUCAACCCCUUUUAACUACAGCCCUUUCAAUAAUAAGGACUUUGAACCGAUGAAACUUACAGAUCAUAUAAACAAUAUAUACACGAGUCAAGAAACUUGUGAAGUCGUAACGAUUAAGUUCAUUUAAGAUACUAAUUAGGGGGUGAUUUUCUCGAUUUUUUUACCAAAACCACAAGGGACUAACUUUAUUUUGAGCGUAACUUGUUUAAUUUUGAUGCUAGAAAUUUUUUUUAUAAAACAAAAAUGAAGCUUUUUUUAAACACUUUAAAUAAGAUUUCCCCGAAAUGUGCUUCAUUUUUGGUUAUUUCACGUUAAAGUAUUCCAUUUGAAAUUUGACGAAUAUGAACCUAUUUUUCAUUAGCUAUAACUCUGCUUCUACUAGGUGUAGAGACGUGAUAUAUACACCAUUUUUUAAAAUUUGAAUGUGACAUUAAAAGAAUGUUUUUUCGACAAAAUAUUUACUAUUUGACUUAUUUGCGAAAAACCGUCUAAAAGCGUGGUUAUUUUGUUGAAAAAAUGAACAUAUUAACUGCCAAAUAACUCGAAAAGUAUUGACUUAGUGGAAAAACUCUAUAGAACAAAAGUUACUUAAAAUUAGCCAGUUUAUCCAUUUCCUGACUUUCUUUGGACGAAUAUUUUUUUCACCCCCAAGACGGGGUGAAAAGCACCCCCAGGGCAAAAGCACAUAUCGGCACAAUAUCACUUAUUUUCUUUGACUUGUUAGCUAUGUGUUUGUCAAAUUUCAUGUCAAUCCAAGCGGUUCUUUAAAAUUUAGAGAUUUUGCAAUAUUUUACCGGUAAAGAACGGACUAAAAGUAGAGGGCCUAAGAACUCUCUAUUGCAUAGUGGAGAAAACCUUUACAAGUGUGAACAUUGUUAUAUUCAGUCUUACUAAUUAAUUUUCUUUGUACAAUAACUAAUUUUCUUAUGUUAUAAAUACAUUAUACUAGGUGUUAAUAAAUAAUGAUUGAAUUGCGAAA